AUGACUUCUUUUUUGUCUCUUCUCCCUGCCGUCUCCGCUCGUCCCAUUCCCAGUGCCUUCUCCCUCACCAGACCUGUCAUUCAAACUCCAUCCACCUUGCAUUUUAAAAAUCACCGGCUUGCCGUUACCUUUAGUUAUGCAGAAGCAGGUAUCAAUGCUGAUUCAACAUCUAACACCAUAGAUGUUGUGGCUGAUGUUAAAAGUGAACGGAUUGUAGUCUUAGGAGGGAAUGGCUUUGUUGGUUCUGCCAUAUGCAAGGCAGCAGUGUCUAGGGGCAUCGAAGUCAUAAGCCUAAGCAGGUCAGGGCGACCCACUUACUCCGAUGCUUGGGUAGAUCAAGUUACUUGGAUUGCAGGAGAUGUUUUUUAUGUAAACUGGGAUGAAGUACUUGUUGGAGCUACUACAGUGGUUUCAACACUUGGAGGUUUUGGUAGUGACGAACAGAUGAAAAGAAUUAAUGGGGAGGCUAAUGUUGUGGCUGUGAAUGCUGCAAAGGAAUACGGAAUUCCCAAAUUCAUCUUGAUCUCAGUUCAUGAUUAUAACUUACCGUCAUUUUUACUAUCAUCUGGUUACUUCACGGGAAAGAGGAAAGCAGAAUCUGAGGUUCUCUCUAAGUACCCUAGUUCAGGUAUUGUCUUAAGACCUGCGUUCAUAUAUGGGAAAAGGAGAGUGGAUGGUUUUGAGCUUCCUUUGGAUUUGGUAGGGGAGCCAGCAGAAAAAGUUCUACGAGCAAUAGAGAACUUCACUAAACCUUUAAGCUCCCUUCCUGCAUCUGAUCUACUCUUGGCACCACCUGUUAGUGUUGAGGACGUUGCAUUGGCAGUUAUCAAUGGUGUCACAGAUGAUGACUUCUUUGGCAUUUUUACAAUUGAUCAGAUCAAGGAAGCUGCCAAUAAAAUUCGUGUAUGA